CCAAACACCGGGAGGGGCCAAUGAGCAGGUCUCCAACCGGAAAUCAUCUCCACGUGUAGUCGAUGGAACCGGCGGAAAAGUGUUUGUUUUGAUGCUACUGGGUUCUGCCUACUGGUAAUGAGAUUGUAAUGUGCUCAAUAAUUUUGCCAACAGCAGACGUAAUGUCAGCUACGGAGAGCCGAGUGGAAAAUGACGGGCUGGAAGAAGAACUGAAACGCACGAAAACAAAGAUUUCGCUCUCUAAUUGUGGUGUGUGUGGAUCAGACGAGGCGAAGUACAGGUGCCCUGCUUGUUUUACACAUUCUUGCAGCUUGUUCUGUGUGAAGAAGCACAAGGAAGCCUCAGGAUGCAGUGGGGUCAGAGAUAAAACUGCCUUUGUGACCCUCUCACAGUUUGAUGAAAUGACACUUCUAAGUGACUACAGGUUUCUGGAGGAUACAGGGCGAUUUGCCGAUAGUGCCAGCAGAGGCAAUCUUAUCCAGGCUCCUCGUGCCACCUUCAAAGCCAAGAGGCUGGCCGCCAAUGCCAGAAAGAUGAACAUCACAUUGAGGUUCCUCCCUGUCACCUUCACUAAGAACAGAGAAAACUCCACCUUCUUCCUCGCCAAAGAAAAACGGUUCAUGUGGCACCUGAAGCUUAUUUUUCCUCAGAGCAGUACGGAGUUCAGUCAGAGGAGGGUGGCUGACGGGCAAACCUUGGAGCAGAUCUUGACCUCUUAUAUCCACCCUACAGACUCGAACCCAGUGACACGUCAGAAGUUGAAGAUUUAUGUGCAAAGUCCAUUUGAUCAUGUGAAAGUCUUCAUGAAGGCAGAGGGGAGGAGGGCUAACUCUGUCAGGUACCAUGAGUUGGCCAUCCAGAAGAGCCUAAGGGACAACCUGAGCAACAAAACACUGAUUGAAUAUCCUGUGUUGUUUGUUGUACUGAAAGAUCACUGGAAGGAAUAUCCACUGAAAGGACCAGGUCAUAUCUUUUCAGCUGAGCCUGCGUCAGCCUGCAAUAGUUUCGCAGCAACGAGUGAAGGUAUGAAUCAAGGCAAGGAUGUCACACAAGUUUCGCCAUCCCUGCAAAGAUCUCACACCCCCAGAGGAACCAGCAUCUGGAUGGGAGUCCCAGAGACCAGCCCUGAAACUGACCCCCCACUGGAGAAAAGGGCCAAGAGAGAAGCAGGGGAAGAAGAGUUGGAGGAGGGAGAGAUCAUGGACAGUAGUGAAGAAGAGGAAACGCAGGAAGAAAAAUCUGAAGAAAAUACCCCAUGUAACAAAAGCUCUGGUGAGACCAGAGAUCUGUCUGACAUGGAGGUGAUUAAAGAUGAACUAGGAGACAGCGUGGACAUUAAUGUUGAUGAUGGUAUUUAAUACACACAGUGACAGCAGCAGAGAUCAGUGUAUAAAGGAGGAGAUUACUGCUUCCACUGAUGUCAGUUGAGCUGCCACAGAGAGGACUGAGGUCAGUGUGACUCAGGAGGAUGCUGUGGAAGAGUCUGGGCCUGCUCAUACUCGUCACUGUCAAGAUGGGGUUCAGUCAGCUGAUACUGCUGACAGCUGUGGAUUGGAGUAAUACCCAGAUGUUCAUCUGUCAUUUGUCUUGUGCUGGUGAACCAAUGAACAGCAGCAGUGUUUUCAGUCUUUUUAGGAAAAAUAGUGGUGGUUUCCUAAAUAUAUUAAUGUAUAUGCACAGAAUAAUUUUGAUAAUGUUCAUAAUUUAGGUUUAGAUCAUUUGUCUGGAAGCAUGGUGUCUUGAAUAAAAACAUUGCUUAUAAAUUGUGUGUUACACUGCCGCAUGUCUUUGGUGGAUGCUGACAGUGUCAUAUGAGGCGCAACAUAUUUUUGAGUAAUCACAUCUACAUUUAUCAACUUCCAGAGCUCAUUCUUUGUCUUGGGAAAUGUGGAUUGAAUAUGUUCAUCACACAAAUGAAAAUCCCAUCUUAAGGCUCGUUUAGCUCUCCUGGAACUUUGUAAUCUUCAGUGGCCUCUAUUUCUUAGUACAGUUAAUAUACAAUGGCAAGAAAAAGUAAGUGAACCA